GCCGCACUGCCGCUAAACCAAACCAUAUACUACCCCUAAUUUAUCAGCCGUCGGCCGCAUCCACGCGCAGUCCACAACUCCUUCGUUCUCUCUUCGAUUCUUCGCCCUCACCAAAACACACCCCAAUGGACGAGCUCUUCGAUACCGCAGAGAAAAAGGUUCUUGUUGAGAUGGUGAAGUUGGCCCAGAAACAUGGAAUGAAGGGUACGAAAGGAGACUGGAAGGAGUUUUUGAAUCUUCAGGAUAAAAAGCUCGGAGCUUGCUUGAGUGAUCCAACAAGGAGAUCAAAUCAUGUGUUAGCUGCUUUUCUCAAGACUUUUGCUAAAGAGGAUGAUUUGAAGUUUUUUGCUAAAAUGAUGCAAUGCCAUGUUAAGCGGGACAUGGUGGAGCAAUUUACGAAGAAUUCCGCAGAUGAUGAAAUCCCCGAGCAGAGACUGGUUCGUUUAACUCUUGAACACCCACAGUACCCGCUGGAUUAUUCAUUCCCAUCAAAUGAUGAGGAAUGGGUGGUUACAAAGCUCAGUAGAAAAUCCAAGGUUAUGAGCUCAAAUGUGAUGCUUGCUGUUGAUUGUGAGAUGGUUCUCUGUGAAGAUGGCACUGAAGCUUUGGUGAGAGUUUGUGUCGUGGAUCGCAAUUUACAGGUGAAACUUGAUGAACUUGUAAACCCCAAUAAAGCAGUUGUGGAUUAUAGAACUGAUAUAACAGGAGUUAGUGCAACAGAUUUGGAAGGAGUUAGUUGUUCAUUGGCAGAUGUGCAGAAAUCCAUGAAGAAGCUGUUGUCAAAUGAAACUAUUCUAGUGGGCCACAGCUUAAAUAAUGACCUGCAAGCACUGAAGUUAGAUCAUGCUAGAGUGAUUGACACCUCACUUAUCUUCAAAUAUUCGGAUGGACGGAUCACUAGAAAACCAUCUCUGAAUAAUUUGUGUAAGUCUGUGUUGGGCUAUGAAGUUCGGAGGAAGGGUGCUCCGCACAAUUGUCUAGAUGAUGCAUGUGCUGCAAUGAAACUUGUUCUUGCUAAGAUAGAGCUUGGUGUUGAUAAUGCUAUUCCCUUGGUUCCAGAGGAUGUACCUGAAUCUGAAAUGGCAAAGCUACUUCUCCACAGAAUACCAAACAAUGUGCCUACUGAAGAAUUACAUAAAGUCCUUCCUGGGGAUUUUACAAUUGAACUAAAGUCAUCUAAGAAAGUGCAAGGAGGAAAAUAUUCUGCAUUUGCCAUAUUUAAGAAUCCAAAAGAGGCACAUCGAGCAUAUGAAACUGUCACAGGCAGCCAAGAAAAGGACUCGAUGGGACGGCCACAGAAACUCGUCAAACUUAAGCUCACCACAGGCUUAAUUGCUAGUCUAUAUGUCCGUAAAAUGGCACAUGAUGAUUCCCUUAGCCAAAUAUCAUCCAAGAAGAGAGCUCUCCAAGCUGAAGAGACCUCAGGCGCAUCCAAAAAACUAAAGACUGAUGAGAAAAUUGAAGAGGAUACCUCAAAGCAGUGUUGUGACCACUUGGAAGAGAUUGGAAGAUUAAAGCAAGAGCUGAGCAAAAGGGAGAUGGCAGAUUCAAAUCACCGUUGCGAUCAUUCGAAAGAGAUGGAAAGAUUGAAGGAAGAAUUGAGCAAAAGGGAUUUUCAAAUCACUACCCUGGACAAGAUGAUAGCUGGUCUUAAAAAAAGACUAAAAGCUAGGCAUGGUAAACAUGUCUAGGAAAUGUUGAGGUAGAAUCUGCAAGUUGAUGUGUCUAGUGAAGAUACCAUCGGGCCACAUAUACAAAGUGUUAUUUCUUCCCCAGAUUUAUGUGUGGAAAUUUAAUUCAUGUGGAGGAAUGAGCAGGAGAAAGCAAAGAAAGAGGUCUCGGGCGUUUAGAUCUCCCAAGCAUUAAGUUGCUUUAUGUUUUGUAGCAAUUGAAAUGAUAGCAUGUAGAUUAGUCUGUCAUGUACUUUGUUUAAAGUAGGCAUAAGUUUUGUUUAAAAUAACUUGAUGACAUUGCUUAAUUUGUUAAUGCUUUUUAGACAA